GUAAGAUAGUUAAUUAAAAUUCUGAGCUAAAUGAAACGAAACACCUUUCUCAUCUCAAAUAUCUGUAAUUUCAAUAUGACGUCAUUGCACAUUACGUCCGGGCAUUUGUAAUGGCCGCCUUCAUAUGUGUUGCGGAUUAUUGAAGUUCAAAAUGUUAACAAUUUUUAUUUUAUACGAAAAUUACAAUUCCUAACCUAUAUGGAAAUACGAUUAAUUAAUAAAGUGUACGGAAAAUUAUCAUUACUAUAUUUUUCCUCUAAAAUUUGGUGACAAUGCUACCUCAAAACUUAUUUAUUAUUUGGUUGGAAGUUUUUUCAAGUACUGUCUAUGCAUAAAUUUAAGUAAACAUGAGCUGUAUAUUGAAGAUUUGCACUGUCACUUUCUUUGAAUUGUGUGUUUUCAUAUAAAGGACAGUUUGUGUUUACAUUUCCAAAUGAGGGAAGCUUAGAGGAUGAAAAAUAUCUGCAACACUUUUUUCUUCCCAAUUAUAUGAUGGCGGAGUCACUAUGGAGUUCCUGAAUGCUUAGUUUUCUUAUUUCUGAUCAGUGAAGCAGUGUUAUUUGCUAUGUGUCCCUGUUAGUCAUGAAUGACAAUGAUGAGAAAGAGCAUGCUCUCUAUCAAAGCAUGAUCGCUGCCCUCCAUCACAUAAGAGAUUCUAAGUCCCCACCUAAGGCCCAAGUGGACGAGGCAUCUCUACAAUUAGCCAUGGAUAAAAACAAAGAAUCAUUAAAGAUGAAGUUGAUGAAUAGAAGACCAAUUAAUCAAUUGGUAGAUCAGGGUAUUAUACCAUCUCCAAAAGUUCCACCACACUACUAUGAACAACGUCAAAAGUUGGAGAGAGCUAAGAUGGGUGACUUUUUGAAAAAUAAAAUUCAAAAAAGACCAGAUCGACAAGCAUUAAUCCAACAACAUAUUUUAGAAGAUACAAAAAUUGAUCCAAGUUUACAAGACAAACAGCGUCAGUUGAAGAAAGCUCGUCUGGCAGAUGAUCUGAAUGAUCGAUUAUCCCAUCGCCCAGGACCAUUAGAGCUAGUUAAAGGCAAUAUCUUACAAGCUGAUGAAAAAUUUGCACAGGCUGUGAAAGAGGGACAAAUCCAAUUCAAGCGAACAUGUGAAGGGCAAGCCUUAAGGCAUCCAAUGCCUUGUUUCACAUUUGAAGAUGACAGUGGGAGUGAUGCAGCUUUAUCUCCUCCACAGGACUUACUAGACCAAUCUCUAAAUAGCAUGCCUUCUGUGGAAACAAUGGUUUUGUCACCAUACCAAAAUCAAGAUUCACCUAGUAACAGUUUGGGAGAGUUGAGAAUAUCAUCAGGAACACCUCCAACUUCUACACCUUCACCUGUCUCUAGUCAAUCUGGAAUUUCACUAACAAGUGAAAUUGUACCUAAAGAAAAUACAACUGUUGUACGCAGAAAAAAAUCCAAACCAAAAGCUCAGCCUAAACCUCGUACUAUUAAAUUUCAUGAAUAUAAGGGUCCCCCAAAUGCACAGAAAAGUCAAGCUUCACUACUUGAAUCUGAAACAUCCUAUGAACUUUUAUUGCAACAGCAACAACUCUUUCUGCAGUGGCAACUUGAAUGGCAGCAAAAAUAUCCUCACCAGAUGAUUCUUCCUGUUCCACAGCAACCUUCAUCAGACCAAUCGAAAUCUGCCAAUGUAAGUCAAAGUUCGCUCUUAGAUAAGCAACUUGACUCCCCAUCUUCACCUUCCCAGAAUUCCAUGAAACAGUUUGAAGAUAUGAAAGUUAAUAGUUUGAAGGCAGAAUUAAAAAAGAGAAAUCUACCUGUAUCAGGAUCAAAAGUGCAGUUACUUGAGCGCCUGAAAAACCAUUUAGAGCUAACAGCUAAUGGAAAUAAAUCAUCUGAUAAGAACAAUGUGAAAGUGGAAGCCACAACUGUGCCUAUUAAUGUAAAUGGUAUCAUUUUAGAUACAUUACCAACGUUAGUAACUCAACCUGAUGCGAUGACAUCUGUUGUAACCGUUGAGCCUAUCAAUAACAGGACUUCUCAAAUUUCUGUGAAAGAGGAACCGACUCUUAUGGUGUACAACACAUUGCCAGUUCAAGGACAGUUAGUUGCAUCGAGGCCAUCCUCUGCAGCCCCAAUGGAUGUUGAAAUCAAUAAUAGCUGUGAUGCUAUGGAUUGUAGUGACGGGUCUAAUAUAAUCAAUGAUGAUAUUGUGAAAAGACAACAGCAAAAAAUCCUUCAACUACAAAGAGAACUACAAAGGUCUCAAAUGCAGUUACAACAACAACAGUGGUUGCAACAGCAACAACAAGCACAAGCUCAGCAGCAGGCUCUGCUGGCAUCUCACCCUGUUCCUAUUGCACCUGCUCCUCCAGCAAAUCAAAUUCCUACUUUAUCAUUAGCAUCGUUACCCCAUCAAGGCAAUGUUGACAAAGCUUUGAAACAAUUACAACAACAUAUACAUCAGAAAAUACAACAACAACAGUUGAUACAGCAAGCUGGAAAAUAUGCACCUGGUUCUGCUGCCAAAUCUGCUAUUGUUAAAGCAAAUCUUGCUGCUCAUAUUCACAAUCAGCAAGCAAAUUCUAUUCGUCUACCUAAUGGAAUAGAUACUUUAAAUCAACAAAAUAUCACCCAAUAUGCCAAUUUGAAACCCAUUGUAUUGUGUCAAGCUCAAGCAGUGCCUCAGAUUCUUGAGAAACCAAGAGCCAAUUCUGUACCGAAUGGAUUAGCACAACAAAAAUUGGUUUGGUCUACAUCUGUACCUAACUUUUCUAACCUUGUACCAAAAAUGACCCUGAGAACUGUUGAGCCAAAACUUCUAAUACAGAAAGCUCCUCCUGACUACAGUGAAGCUGUUAAACCUCAAAACAAAGUAAAACAGGAAAAGCAGUCUAACACAAAAAAUCGCAAAAAAUCUGUUAAAAGUCAAGAAGUGGAUGAUGUUCUAGGUGUACUAAUAAAAAAUGGAGAAUUGCCACCAAGUGCUGCAUUAGAACCUGUCACACCCACCACUCCAGAAACUCAAAAAAAUGUUCCUUUGGGUCCUCCACUCUUCCCUACAAUCAUUGAUGUAAAAUCUGUUCGAGUUGAACCAGAAUCAUCAGAAGCAGAACAGAAAAGUACAUCUUUACCUAUCAAAAUUGAAAAUUAUACUUCACAACAAGAAGGUGUGCCAAAUCUUGUUUUUGAUUUAAAUGUUGAUUUACAAGACCUGGGCAUGAUGGAUCUUGGUGUCUUGGAAAAUAACGAUUCUCUCGAUUCACCGACGCAGAUGCCAUUUUCUAAACCUGAAUCAUUGCAUGAAUCAUUGCAUCAACAACAAUCAGUGCAAAAUACUCUAAGUGGAGAUGUCGAUAUGGAUGUUGAUAUUAGUGAAUGGUUGGAUAUGUUUACAAAUAACAAUACUGUUGCUAAUUCCAAUCAACCAAGAAGUGUUAGUUAUAAUAGUGAUCCUUUACUAUCUUCAAUGGACAAUGGUCAAGAAACUUUUGACAUGUUCUCACUGGACAAUGAUUUUCGAACACCGUCAGAUACUUUCUAUUAAGCUUGGGGUUAAAGUGUGAAGAGAUACCAUGGCUGAAAUUUGUGAUAAGCUUCAAUGUAAAUUCAAUCUAACAAUAUUCAUAACUAUUUUAUGCUCAAGUUUUCUUUCUAUUGUUUUUUUUUAAUACUACUUUAAUAUAUUUGAUUUGAUGGUGAAUCGUUUUUUGAAAUUUGAUUUUAGGGUAAGUUUGAUUCGCCGUAUAAAUUUUUUGUAAAUGAAUCUUUAUGGUGAUUAUCAAUUAAGGAAUUUAUUUUUUCUUAUGUUGAAUCCUUUAUUAAAUUUUCUAAACUUUUGAUUUUUUUAUAAAUUGCCCUUUCUUGGGACUAUGUGGUGGUAUUAAAAGAAAAAUCUGGAGCAUAAUUAUGUUUAUUAGACUCAAAAGGGCUAAUAUUGUAAAAUAUACUUUUUUUUUUAAUCCUUUUGUGUUUUUACUUGCCAGUUUUUGUGAAUAACAUUAAGUUUUUUUUUAUUUGUUUAUUUAGGUUUAGCUACAUAUUUUUUUUACUGUAUAGCAUUGUAUUAUAGAAUAUUAUAAUUUGUGCUUCAUUUUUAUACCAUUUCCUUCUUUUGAAAAAAAUUAUUAUAAAAAUGUUUGAUCAGUUGAAACAUAUUUAAAAAAAAUUUAAACACUUAAUACUACCUGGUGAUUAAAAUAAUUUAUUUUGCAUAAUUUAACGAUGCAUGAUAUUGAUUUAAAAAUGAUAUUGAUUUGAAAAUGUUUUUAUUGUUAUCGAUUUUUUUAUUUAUAUUGUUUUUUUUAACUAAUCUAUACAACUUUAUGAAUUUAAUAAUUAAAAUAUUGUUUUCUUCAAAUUUGUUAAUUGAAAUUUUUAACAACUGUUGGUUACAUGUACAUUCAGUAAAACCCCUCAGUGCUUAUUUUCUCCUUUAACAUCAAUGUUGAAGGAGAAAACUCAUUUAUCCUACUAAAAUGUCUGUUUAAUUUUGUUUUAAUUUGUGGUAAAAAAAAACUAAUAAAAUAGACCUCCAAUUUUUUGUUUGGCUUUCAUAAAUAUCAAAAUUUACUUAUUCAUUAUCCAGGUCUUUUCUUCAAAGUCCUCUAAAACAUUAAACAUUUAAUACUUAUCUAAUGCAACUAAACAUUAAUGCAUAACAUCAAAUAAGUUCAUAUGGGCACAGGGAUAUGUGUGCUACGAAAUUGUAAUUGGUGAGAAAACAUAUUAUUUCUUACUACUGCUCCUAUCCUUGCUCUUAUUUUAUCUUUUCUACUCAUUUAUGUUUUGUCUUUUGUGCUUUUCUAAUACACACGUUAAAUUAAUUAAAAAUAUAUAGAAAUUAGAUUACCAAAGCUCGCCACUGGUUUUCUGGUUUUUCUUUCUAUCUUUGCCCUUAUUUUAACAAAUGGGUUUACAUUAAGUUUUGCUUGUCAUUCUUUUUUAUCAGAGGCAUACAAUAAUUUAAUAUAUGCCACCUACAUGGAUGAUAAUCAAAUUUGCUACCAAAGUUGUUUUUGCAAAUCCAGUGAAUUUAUGAUAUACAAAAAGAGUAUCUUUGAUUAUCUAUUUGAUUAGGGUAUAUUGGCUAACAAUUUUGUAAAACCAAUAAAUCAUAUGUAAAAAUUAAUUAUUUAGCCCAUUUAGUUUUUCUUUAUUAACUGACCUCAAAUUGCUGAGUAGAAUAUUUAUUUUCCUUUUUUUUCGAUUGCUUUGUUGUUCGUAACCAUUUUAAAUGAACUUCUAACAGUUUAAGUAGAACUCAACUUAACCUGAUCAGAAUCAGUGAAAAGAGAAUGAAACACUUUACCAAGCCCAUGCACUCCGAGAGUGGACAAAGAUAAUUGCUUAUGACCAGGCAAUUUUCCCUGUUAAUCCCAAUUUUAUUUAAAACUUCUUACAAUAUAAUUACUGCAAUUUAAAUGCAGAAAUUUGCAGUUUAUUAUCAUUAAUAGUUUCUAAAUAUAUUGCAAUAAAAUGUUCUCAAUAUUUAAAAAAAAGGUUGUAAAAAUGACCUAAAACAUACAAAAUUCCAUUAAGCAUUCCAUCUUUUCCCUAGUCCAUCAAUUAACAAAACCCCCAGAGUUCUGUAAUUCUCCAUCCCAGUCUUCUUGAAGGAGUUUCACACAACUGUUUACAUUUUUAAAUAGCUCUGAUCAAAUUUAAAAAAUAAAAAUUCGGAACUGAACACGCAUACUGUGAGAUAUUAUUCAAAAUUAUAACGGAUUACAACCGCCAUCUACUGUUGUUAAAAAGUUGAAACAAAAUUUUCCAGAAUGAAAUCAUUCCUGGAGUUGGAAAGGCAUGUCUUUUAUGUGAUACCAAGACCUGUGAAAAGAUAAUUGAUACAUAACGCAAACCUGUUCUUGGUCCUGAGCAGGUUUAGCAUUUAUGGGUUAUUCAUUAAUCAACUAAUCAUUAAAAUUGUCAACACCUGAAUAAUAUAAGUUUUACUAGAUUGUUCUUGAAAUUUAUGAAUGAAAUGUUAUUGGGUGGUUAUACUGAAUGAUUAUUAAUUAAUUUUAUUGCUUCUUUUUAUAAAGGGGCAAUAAAUAUUUGAGUAUUUUUUAUAUUCCUAUGUAUCAAUUUGAACUGUAAAUAAGGCUUAAUGAUGGAUUUGAAUUAAAAUAAUCUAAACAGGUGCCAAACAUUUUUGCUAUUUGAAAUUUCCUAAGGGUUUUAUAACUUGAAAAUAGUGCAAGCAGAUAUGUUGUUUUAUUCUUUUCAAAUGUAUUAAUACUUUCUGAUUUUCUUUUGCUGUUUGUGUAACGGACAUGAAUGUGUGAUGCCGUUUUUUCCACGGUGCUGCGAAGCAUUUCAUGAAUAUUUCAAUCCAUACACUUUAAGGUACAUGUUUUUUUAAUGGAAAGUUCAUUAAAAUCAUAUUCAUCAAAUUUAGUUGGCCUGCUGGUUAGAGACCAACACGUAUACAUCGUUAGUAUGGCGGGCUUACCAUUCCUCCUAAUAAUAUGUUAAGAACGUAAUAAGAUUAUAAAAUGUUUUUUAUGUUGAUGUGUUGAAAGCCUGUUUAUGUUAUCGUUUAAGUGCAUUUAGUUUUUGUUUAGUGAUUUACGCUUUCUGUAAAUUGGAGUUAUUUUAGUUGUGAUUAAUAUUUCAGUUACAUGUAUCUUUGUCUCCACCUUUGUGCCAUUUUGGGAAAGGAACUUUUUAAUUAUUAGUUGGAUGACUUUCCACUUUCUCUCUCUCUCUUUUUCCUUUAAUAAAGAUUCUGUUAACUUUUUAAGUUCAUAUGUUAGUUUACUAAAAUAUGAAAAUAUUGGUUAAAUUUCGUCACUCUUUCUUGUGAUUUGCAAGAGUAAAAAGUUAUACCUAUUUCCAAGAUUUUUUUUUUAAAAAAUAAAAACUAUCCAAUUUGUUAGAAAAUAAGCAUUUGCUAAAUAGUUUUUUUUUUUUUUUGCAGUUAGUCAUAAUCUUUAAAACCUUAAAAUAAUUUUUAUAGUUUUUAGUGUUGAAAAAAUCUUGGACUUUUUAUUUAGAACAGUUGUUUCGAGACAAAGGUGAUUUAAAACAUCAACACAAGAAAAAGAAUUUAAAAAUGAAUAAUUACAGUAAGCUUUCAUUAAUAAUAACUAGUUUCAAUGCAAAAAAUGUAACAAAAUGAUAAUCUUUAGAUUCCAAUUUUUUACAAUAAAAGUUUAUUUUUUGUUUAUUUUUAUUUUUGAUUGUGAGAAAUCUAAUUUAAUUUUAUAAAAAAAUCUUAUCUGUCAAGUACUUAAAAUGUUUUUACUGAACAUAAAAAAUCAAACAAACAAAUUAAAUCAUUUGUACAGAACCUGAGAAAUUGACAGAUUUUAAAAACAUGUUUCUGAGUUUAUGGCAUUUGAAGUUAUAUUUACGUUGUCAUAAAUAAUUACCUGCAUAACUUUGUUUAUGUACAUCAUAUUGACUUGAAAUUUUGACUUAGUAAUUUUGAAUCAAUAUGAUUUUAGAUUGCACAAUAAAAAGAAAUGAAUUUUUUUACCAUUAGGUAUAAUCCCUUAACAGAUUAGCAAUGUUUCAUAAUAAAUAUUUCAAGUAUGAAAUUUAUAGAUUCAAUUCAUAUUUAUAGAUUCAAUUUUGUAACCUCAGUGGAUGAAAUUUAAUUUCAUUAUACCCUGACAUUUUUGUUUUAUCAGUCUAACUAUUGCACAGUAAUUCUGCAGAGUUUGUGUAUCAUCAUUGCAGUAGCAUCUUUAUUUUAUUUUUAUUUCAGCUGGAUUAAUGAUCCAGCAACGAUUUGUACAAUGAUCUUAACUGCUGAAGGUUGAAAUUUUGUAUGAAAACUGCUUGAAUUGCAAAGGGUAAAUAAUGAGAUAAUCAGUCUCUUUGGAAAAAAUAAUAUUAAUUUCUGCAUUAUUCUCUUGUUAGAAAGAAGUUUUGACGGGAUAUUACCAAGAAAUUCCAAAAAUGCUUUAAAAAUUAAUAACAAUGUUGAAUACUUAGUAAUCUCCAAAUAUAUUUUUUUAAUUAUCUUUAUUAAAUAAUAAAGGAAAGUAUAAAAAUAAUUUGAACUAUAUUGUAGUUAUCUUAAAAAGGAUGCUAAGCCACAGGAGAAACCCGUCAUCACAAAUUCUCUUUUACCUCCUUAACUAAUUUAAAGUGUACGAAAAAUGAGUUCAAGCAAACCUAGAGUAUGCCAUGAAGUUUUAAAUACUGAAAAGAAAUUUUCAAAAUGAAAACAAAUUGUGAGAGGAUCCUUAACUUAGGGUUACACAAUUGACUUAGGGUUAUAUAAUUCUCUUCCAAUAAUUUGUUUGCAUUUUGAAAUUUUACUUUAGCAAUUAGGUAUAAUAUAAAAAAAACACAACUACUUCCACUUAGUAGGAAUAACAUUUACCAUGACGCAAUGCUAAAUUCUAUGACACAUAAAUAAAUGCUACUAUCCACAUAAAUGCUACUAUCCACAUAAAUCAAUUAUUAAUCAAAAAUCGAAUAUCAAUUACUUUCCUUUAUAAUGCAAUAAAAUCUGGCGAGCAGCUAUUUAAACGAUCAAACACUUCGUUUGUUUAUUUGUGGCUUGAAGUUAGGCUCGCAGAAAAUGCCGUUCAUGGGUUAAAUUUAGUAGGAAUAACACAACCUGUGACGUAGGCUAUAGUAUACCCAAUUGAAACUACAUGGCCCACACUAGGUUUGCUUGUACCCACUUUUUCAAUACUUUAAUUUUUGAAUUAGCUAUGGAGGUGAAAGAGAAAUUUCUCAUGCGGUAUAGUGUUCUCUUAAUCGGGAAAUGGAAGUAAUUGAAAAAGUUAUUUGACUUUAUUUUGCCAUGAUUCAAUGACAGUAUAAGAAUAAUAUAUUUAACUGUAUUACUUGAGAUUCGGGAUUAUUAUAUUUACUUAACCUAUUUGAAGUAGUUUUAAUAGACCAAUUAAUUUUGUAAUAAUUUUUUGAAUAAUUCAGAUGUAUUUGCAAAUUGGUCAAGUACAGGAGUUCACUUAUUGCUUUAAAAAAUUCACUAACAAUAAAAGCUUAGUAAUUUAUUAUUUUUAAAUUAAAUUUUUCUAGCUCCUUUAUGAAUUUUUGUGAUUGCAAGAUCUGAACCAUUUGUCACAUCACUAGUUUAAAAUGAAUUGCAUAAACAAGUGUGUAAAGUCAAU